CACACACACACACACAUCAACAUCUUAUACAGGCAUCCUGAUUGUGUGUGUGCCCACUGCGGGAGCUCUGGAAUGCCAAGGAUGCUUGAGUAUAACUGCACCUCAUCAUCCCAAGGCUUGUACCUGAUCCCAGACCCCUCCUGGUGCCCUGAGGCUGGAGAGUGCAUUAUGUGGAACGUGAGUACAGAGGAUGUGCCGGAUUUGUGUGAGAGCCGGAGUUCGUACGUGGAAAACCAUUUAGGACCCCGACGUUCUCCGCAGUUUCUAACAAUCUGCAUCUCGUACAUGCUCAUUUUCUGCGUAGGGUUGCUGGGCAAUGCAUUAACGUGCACCGUGAUCAUGCGCCACCGCUCCAUGCGCACGCCAACCAACUACUACCUGCUCAGCCUGGCCACUUCAGACCUUCUCGUGCUCCUCUUGGGUUUGCCGUUGGAGCUCUACGAGUUGUGGUCCAACUAUCCCUUCCUGUUAGGACCCGGAGGCUGCUACUUUAAAACGUGUCUGUUCGAGACGGUGUGUUUCGCCUCGGUGCUCAACGUCACGGCCGUAAGCGGCGAGCGAUACCUCGCUGUCGUCCACCCUCUGCGCGUUAAACACGUAAUGACUCAUGGCCACGUCAGACGGAUCAUUGUAGCACUGUGGAUCGUGUCGUUUCUCUGCGCUUUGCCCAACACUAGCUUGCACGGCAUGACCAUGCUGCCUCCGAAGUUCGGCUGGAGCUUUCCGGAGUCAGCCGUGUGCGGCCUGGUAAAGCCGGCGUGGAUCUACGGGCUGCUCGUCCAGCUCACUGCCCUCUUCUUCUUUCUCAUUCCCAUGAUAAUCAUCGGCACCCUCUACCUGCUCAUCGCGCUCCAGCUGCACCAGGAAACGCGAUUACUGCAGAACGAUGCCAAAACCUCGAACCCAGGAGUGCAGAGCAAACUGCAGACAACACGCCAUCGCCAAGUUACCAAAAUGCUCUUUGUGUUGGUGGUCGUGUUCGGCGUCUGCUGGGCGCCGUUUCACAUCGACCGUGUCAUGUGGAGCUACAUCGAGGAAUGGAGCAAAGAGCAGCACCUGGCCUUCGAGUCCAUUCACCUAAUCUCAGGUGUGUUCUUCUACCUGAGUUCCGCCGUUAACCCGGUCCUGUACAGUCUCAUGUCUUCGCGUUUCAGAGAGCUGUUCCAGGAGGUGGCGUGCCGGAAGAACGAGCAGAAAUUCAAGCUACAAACACUGGUUUAAAUAGCAAAAACAGAACAAUCACCUUCAUCUCAUAUAAAAGAGUAUUAUGUUCUACUCAGAUAAUGAUCUGAACUAGCACUCUUGGUGAUACAUUAGCAUAAUAUUAGAUACUAGGUGUUAGGUAUUAAAUAGACAUGUCGACAAAUGUUUGUUAGAUUUGGGGUCUUGGGAAGAUGUUCUAGAUUUUGUGGAGAUUCAUUCAGCCACAAGGGUGUUAGUAAAGUCAGGUACUGACGUAGUUGCAGUUUUCCCAUUACUUUUACUGUGUAUUGUACUGUAGUAACAACAAAUGUUCUUCACUUGUUUUUAUUUUUGUUUGUGGUCAUUUAUGACGUUUCAAAUGCG